CUGUGCGGGUUGCUACACUUGCCUGCACUCGACUUUCUCUUCUUGGGGCUCUCUCAGCCCCAAGUUCUGCAAGCCCCUCGGGGCCGGCUCCUGCCAUGCCGUUAGUUCGCUACAGGAAGGUGGUCAUCCUCGGAUACCGCUCCGUAGGGAAGACAUCUUUAGCACAUCAGUUUGUGGAGGGCGAGUUCCUGGAAGGCUAUGAUCCUACUGUGGAGAAUACUUACAGCAAGAUAGUGACUCUUGGCAAAGAUGAGUUUCACCUACACCUGGUGGACACAGCAGGGCAGGAUGAGUACAGCAUUCUGCCCUAUUCAUUCAUCAUUGGGGUCCAUGGUUAUGUGCUUGUGUAUUCUGUCACCUCUCUGCAUAGUUUCCAAGUCAUUGAGAGUCUGUACCAAAAGCUACAUGAAGGCCACGGGAAAACCCGGCUGCCAGUGGUGCUGGUGGGGAACAAGGCAGAUCUCUCUCCAGACAGGGAGGUCCAGGCUGUUGAGGGGAAGAAGCUGGCAGAGUCCUGGGGUGCAACAUUUAUGGAGUCUUCUGCUCGAGAUAAGCAGCUGACUCAAGGCAUCUUCACCAAAGUCAUCCAGGAGAUUGCUCGGGUGGAGAAUUCAUAUGGGCAAGAGCGCCGCUGCCAUCUCAUGUGAGCCCUUGAGCACGGGGUAGCUGCCUUGAUUCUGCC